GAGAAUGGCUGGGACCCCUGCUCCGGCCUCCCCGCGCCGCCAAGGGCCCUCCUUGCAGCCGCCUCCGCCCAGCCCUCUGGUCUCGCCCCGAAGGCCCAUCGAUAACUCUGCGCUCAGCGUCGGCCUCGAGCGACUCGCUCCGGCUCCUCCCGCCGUCCUGAGCCACGGCGGAGUGCGGCGCCGCGUGUAAGAUGCUCUGAUUGGUCCCCUGCCGCCCAGCUCCCGGGCCCUGUGCGGGCUCUCCUCGGCAGCCCCGCCAUGAACACCUCCCCGGGCACGGUGGGCAGCGACCCGGUCAUCCUGGCCACUGCCGGCUAUGACCACACGGUGCGGUUCUGGCAGGCCCACAGUGGGAUCUGCACCCGCACGGUGCAGCACCAGGACUCCCAGGUGAACGCGCUCGAGAUCACGCCAGACCGCAGCAUGAUCGCAGCCGCAGGUUACCAGCACAUCCGCAUGUACGACCUCAACUCCAACAACCCCAACCCCAUCAUCAGCUACGAUGGGGUUAACAAGAACAUCGCGUCUGUGGGCUUCCACGAGGAUGGCCGCUGGAUGUACACGGGUGGCGAGGACUGCACGGCCAGGAUCUGGGACCUCAGGUCCCGGAACCUGCAGUGCCAGCGCAUCUUCCAGGUGAACGCGCCCAUCAACUGUGUGUGCCUACACCCCAACCAGGCCGAGCUCAUUGUGGGAGACCAGAGUGGGGCCAUCCACAUCUGGGACUUGAAAACUGACCACAACGAGCAGCUCAUCCCGGAACCCGAGGUUUCCAUCACAUCCGCCCACAUCGACCCUGACGCCAGCUACAUGGCAGCAGUCAACAGCACUGGAAAUUGCUACGUCUGGAACCUGACUGGGGGCAUUGGCGACGAGGUGACACAGCUCAUCCCCAAGACCAAGAUUCCCGCACACACCCGCUACGCCCUACAGUGCCGCUUCAGCCCUGACUCCACGUGUGCUCCUGGCCACCUGCUCGGCGGACCAGACGUGCAAGAUCUGGAGGACGUCCAACUUCUCCCUGAUGACAGAGCUGAGCAUCAAGAGCAGCAACCCCGGGGAGUCAUCCCGUGGCUGGAUGUGGGGCUGUGCCUUCUCUGGGGACUCCCAGUACAUUGUCACGGCUUCUUCUGACAAUCUGGCCCGGCUCUGGUGCGUGGAAACUGGAGAGAUCAAGAGAGAGUACGGAGGCCACCAGAAGGCCGUUGUCUGCUUGGCCUUCAAUGACAGCGUGCUGGGCUAGCCCGUGCCCCUGGGACUGCAGGCGGCGCACUUACUGUCAGCCGGGACUGCCUGAUGCAGGCAGCACUCAGCUGCAGGUGCCUGGACAGCCCCCAGGUCCGAGAGAACCCCAUGGGCUAGCCUUUGAUGGCCAAGACCAAAUGGACCUUUGAGCUACCCUGGAGCCCCCCGGCCAGCCGUGACCUGCCAGGGCGGCCUGCCCUGGGGCACGCUCAACCCAGAGUUGCUUCUCUGGGUGUGACGGUUCAGAAGGCCUAGCCCAGGCCCGGCUCUAGAUGACUGGGCUGGGCUAGCCUGUCUCCAUCUGGGAAAUUCUGGCAAAAUCUGGGCCUGGAGCCACUGAAAAGGACCCAAGGCUGCCGGCCUAGCACCCAAGCCAGUGCUCCCCACUCCCAGCUGUUGCCUUGGGCCCCGAAGCCACAGAGAACACCACCGCAGCCGGGCGGAGGGCUUUAUUCAUCUCAGUUGACCUCUGUGGUGCGGGUGACGGGUGGCCAGCUGGUGGGGAUCAGGGCCGGGACUGGGGCUUUAAUCUGGUAGGUAAUAAAAGCAGACUGAUACGCA